GGGGGCGUGAGGGCGCCCGCAGGGGUCACAUCUGUUGAUGUUAUUCUGAUUGGCGGUAAUCGCGGACACAAAGAACAACGACGCGUUAUUUAAAUCCGUUACCGCCUGGAAAUCAUCGCAUCCCACCACGCAGUAACAGAAGUGCGGGUAACAUUAAUUGGUACAAGAAUGAUGAUCUUAUUUCUCCUCGGAGCAGUUAGUCUCAGCCAUGUACAGUGUGCUAAACUAUUCCGUAAGUGUGUGCAUUGACGGUGUCGUUAAAUAGUAGAGUUGUGUUUUGUAAUGAAAUCGUUAGAUUGUGUACUUGUGAACUAUAGUGUAAUUAAUGUAAUGGGAAAUUGAAUUUAUUAAACUUCCUAUUAAUUAACCAAAAGUGCGUAACAUUUUUAUUUCAUGUAUACAAGAAUCUUAAACUGUGUGUCGUUACAUAGUUUUCAAUCAAAUGUGUCGUGACACAGAUUUUCAAUCAAAUGUGUCGUGGCACAGCUUUUCAAUCAAAUGUGCCGUAAUAAAUCAUGUAUGUCCCUUCACAAAGGAUUAUUUUUAUUGCUUAUUUUUUGCAACAGCCUUUUACUUUGAAUUAAGUUAAAGCCGAGACAUUUUUUGUCAAUAUCACAUUGUAUCUCUAUUUAGCCAUAAACAAAUGCCCGCUCUACAGAUGCGCGGCACCUCCUGUGAACUGUCGUUACGAGGCUGACUCCGCUGGAUGCAUGACUUGCAAUCUUGUGUGUGACCCGGUCAUUGAAACGACGUGCCCUCCCCCACCACCAUGUGCAGCACCACCGGAGAACUGCCAUUACGAGCCUGAUGAAAAUGGGUGCAUGGUGUGCAAUCUUGUUUGUGACGCCCCCGUAAUGAGUACAUGUCCGCCCCCACCACCAUGUGCAGCACCACCGGAGAACUGCCAUUACGAGCCCGAUGAAAAUGGGUGCAUGGUGUGCAAUCUUGUUUGUGACGCCCCCAUAAUGAGUACAUGUCCGCCCCCACCACCAUGUGCAGCACCACCGGAGAACUGCCAUUACGAGCCCGAUGAAAAUGGGUGCAUGGUGUGCAAUCUUGUUUGUGACGCCCCCGUGCUGAGUACAUGUCCGCCCCCACCACCGUGUGCAGCACCCCCUGAAGGCUGCAACUACAUCAACGAUGAGAAUGGUUGCAUGACGUGCACCCUGGUCUGUGAUGAAAACCAGUGCCCACCUGUUUGUGAGAUGUAUUGUCCGAAUGGGUGAGUAGUAGUUUUAACGCCUUUAGACGUGUUUCCUUAUUUCUUUAUGGCAAAAUUUUAGAAAAAGCUAGUUGGCCCAGCACUUCCCGUCAUCCUGUCGAGCUGACAUUUAGCACACAGACUUUUUGCCCAUGGCAACACAUUUGGUCAAAUUGUCAGCCCCACCCCCACCGCAAAAAAAUUAAUUUGUCCUGUUUUUGAAACUACUUGUUUGUGUCGAUGCUCCAAGAAAGGUGCUACAGUUUAAGCCCUCAUAAAAAUUGUUGUUGUUUUUUUCUACCAUCAUGCGCCAUCAACAAAAGCCAAUGUAGUAAAAAAAAAAAUGUAUUUUCGAAGGUGAAAAUGAAGGGAAAUACGAAACGUGUUCUCCCCAGUAGUUUACCCACUUACAUAAGUGCUUCUUAAUACAUGCUAAACCACGUACAAUUACAUAAAUGCAAACGAAAAUCCAUAUCAAGAAUUUAUGCCAAAAACUUUGUGUUUUUACGGUUGUUGUUUUUAUUUAUUACUUAAUCUUUUAAUAAUGGAACAUGAUGGCGCCCUGGUAAUGAUUGAAAGCAUUUUGACCGUAUGGUGGGUGGCCUGUAGUGUAAGCCUAAUGCUAAUUGUAAGUUGGUGUUUUUUGUUUUUUUCCUUUUUUACUAGAUUAAAUAUAUAAUAUAAAUAUGUGUAUAACAAUUUUAAUACAGAAGAUAUUAUAUCUUCAAAAAUACUGUGUUAAAAAAAAAAUUAAAUCUUAGAAAAAAAAAAGUUAUGAAAUUGCAAACGUAUCGUGUGGCACAGCUUUUAGAUUCUAAGAACUUUCUUGGAAAGCAACACUUCUUUUGUGUAAACAAUAAACUAUGAAAACAUAAAGAGUGUUUUGUUGGGGGUUUUCUGUUCUUGUUUUUUUUAAUUAUUAUAUCGACAGUUUUAAAUAGGAUUCACUGUGGUUGCCAGGCCAUGUAGAUUUUGGUUAUUAUAUUGUCAUUUAAUAUUGAAUCUCUCUGCAAACGUAACAUCAUAUCAUUCCAGAAAUGUCCUGGAUGAGAUGGGCUGUGAGACGUGCUCCUGUAACUCCGAACCAAUAUCCUUGGAGUGAGCGCAACACGUGUGCAUGAAGUGGUCCUGUGAGGAGAUUCUGUCAUAAAAUCACCCGGCAGACACCCCCGAGUGUCUAAACAAUGAACAAUACGUUGUAUUUGGUGGAGGGAAAAAAAUUAGUGUUCUUUUGAUUAUAUUAAAACGCGAUAAGAAAAUAAAUGUGACUGUUGAGAAUAAACUAUACUGAAUUUAGCAUGUGUGAAACUGACGGCCUCUUGGACGAGGAAACGAUCUUUCUCACUUCCAUCUCCCACACCUUCCCCCACUCACACCAUUUCCUCACAAACACCUUUCACACACCAACUACCUUAUCCCCCAACUUCCCCAUCGAGACCUUUCCAUCCCAACAUUCUACAUCCCAGAUGGCACCUGAAUGCCCAAUCAUUGCUUAACUUUCUUCGUGACUUGCCAACUGUACAACGAUACAGUAGUUUUUAGCCUCAAACUGGCCACAGCCACUUGAGCCAAUGUGGUCAUCAUGCUCGUUGGUGAUAUUAAUGUGCGCUGUGGCGAUUAAUUGGAGACCCAUGAACCAUGUGAUUACCUGUCUGGGCAGCCACGCUAAAUAUAUUUAAGAUUAUUUUUUUUUUAAGUAAUCGAUCCUCAUUACCAGAAAUUUGUUCAAACGGAAGUUUGUUCGAAAUUAAAUUUGUUAAAUAUAGAUAUAUUUAUGAUUUUGUUUUUGUUUUUUUUUUUAAGUAUGGUGCCAGA